AUGCCUAUAGGUCAUGAAUUUACCGCUCAAGAAAAAUUAUUAAUCUUCAAAGUCAUAAGAUUUUGUGAACAAGAGACAACAGGAUCGAUAAUUCCAUUGUAUAACGUAGUUGAACGAAUGGCAAAGAUGUUAGAUACUUCUGAAACAUCAGUAAAAAGAUUGAAAAAGGAAAUGAACGAGCUGAUACAGCAACAACAAACAGAACUUGAAGAGGAACAAAAACGGAAGCAACAGGAAGUAAGGAAAUUAGCCGAAAAUAAACGUCAACUUCGAAGUCAAACAAAACUGGACUCCGCAUCACAAGAUCGUUCAACGUUUUCGAAGCCCAAACGAUUACAUCGGCGUCAAUCUCGUACCGGUUCUUUGGCUACUGCGAAAAACCAUUCAUCUAUUCCUCGGCCGUAUUCUCCUCAAAAGAAGGAUUGUCCCAAAAUAUUAAAACGAUCUAGUUGGAACGCACGACCGUAUAUAGAUCGUACAAAUUUAACAACAUUACCGGUUACAGAAAUUGUUGCACACCAACUAACAGGUUUUUAUUCAAUUAUGAAUCAUGAAGAUUGUAUUAAUAAAAUAAAAGGAGUUCAAGAUUAUCAAAUGGACACACAAAACUGGGAUGAUAUUGGAUAUAAUUUUAUCCUGUGUGAUGAUACUGGUGACCAACAACAAAUUUAUACAGGCAGAGGAUGGAAAUUUACUGGUGCACAUUGUAUAAGUUUUAAUAAAAGAUCAUUGGGAGAUUGUUUAUGGUGUAAUAAUUAA